AUGACCCGAGGUAACCAGCGCGAACUCGCCCGUGAAAAGAACGCAAAAAAGCAGGCCGCGCAGAACAAAGGCAAGAAGGAAUCAGCGGCAAGUCUACAGAAGCGGAAAGAGGCGGAUGCUGCAGCAUUGCGAGAAAAACAGAAGGUGAAGUUCUCCCCGCCACUUCGCGUCGUGACUCGCAGCAGCGCUCAGAUUUCGAUCGCUAAACCCUUACAGAAAGCAGAGGAAGCGCGAGCAGCAGCAGCAGCAGCAGCCGGUGGUGGCACGAAGAAAUAG